AUGAAGAAGCCAUUUUUUGAACGUGCUCAUGUGGCGCCUCUUGAAAAGCGCAUAAGUUCCUUGGAUGCAAGUUACUACUACUACCGCGCUGCUUUUUUACUUGGAUGGACGCCGCCCAAGGAGGCUCGGCUAAAAUGGAUAUAUCUCAUAUUAACCUUAACCACAUCGUGGCUGGGAAUAGUUUAUCUACCACUGGGAUUAACCCUCACUUAUGUGAAACACUUCGAUAGGUUCACACCGACCGAAUUUCUGACCUCUCUGCAGGUGGAUAUCAAUUGCAUUGGAAAUGUGAUCAAAUCGCUGGCCACCUUUUCCCAAAUGUGGCGAUUCCGUAAAAUGAAUGAGAUGAUUGUCUCUUUGGAUCAGAGAUGUGUUACUCCAACGCAGCGAGAAAUACUCCAUAAGGUUGUGGCUCGAUCGAAUCUAAUUGUGGCCCUUUUCGUGGGUUCAUACUUGAGUUUUGGCGCUCUGAACACUUUCACUUCGGUUUUGGCGGGCAAGGCUCCUUGGCAGCUGUACAAUCCACUGGUGGACUGGACGAAAGGAUAUUGGCAGCUCUGGAUUGCCUCGAUCUUCGAGUACAUUGUCGUCUCAACAGGAACGAUGCAGGAACUGAUGGCCGAUACCUACGGAAUCGUAUUUAUAUCCUUGUUCAGGGGGCAUUUGUCAAUCCUUAAGAAUCGCAUAGAGAAUCUGCGGCAGGAUCCGGAGAUUAGUGAAAUGGAAAACUACGAGCAGUUGGUCGCCUGCAUCCAGGAUCAUCGCACCAUUAUUCAAUGUUCGGAAAUCAUUCGACCCAUUUUGUCGAUCACUGUUUUUACACAAUUCAUGCUGGUCGGCAUUGAUUUGGGUGUGGCCUCCAUCAGUAUUCUGUUCUUUGAGAAUACCAUUUGGACGAUCAUGGCGAAUGUUUCAUUUAUCGUCGUCAUUUGCGCGGAGUCCUUUCCCUUCUGUAUGCUCUGCGAAUAUCUGAUCGAGGACUCCACCAAAGUCAGCGACGCUAUCUUUCACUCCAAGUGGAUAACCGCCGAGAAGCGCUAUAAAUCGGCGAUUUUAUACUUUCUGCACAGAGUACAGAAACCUAUUCAAUUUACAGCCGGCGCUAUUUUUCCCAUUUCGGUGCAGAGCAACAUUGCCGUGGCGAAGUUUGCUUUCACCAUCAUCACAAUCGUCCAGCAAAUGAAUCUCGGCGAGAAGUUUUUCAGUGACAUGGCGAAUGGGGAAUAG